CAAACCCGGAGACCUGAUUGAGAUUUUUCGCAUCGGCUAUGAGCACUGGGCCAUUUAUGUGGGUGAUGGUUAUGUGAUCCACCUGGCUCCUCCAAGUGUGCAGAGAUGAACUGCCAACAAAGGUGCUUCACCAUCUUGGUUUAUAAUUGUCAGUUGGACUGACAAUAUAAUAGCAGUGGACUGGAUCCAAGUCACAAAGCCAGAUGAGAGCAAUAGUUUAUCAGCACCUAGGUGAAGGUGAAGACCCAAGAGGCUCAGCCCCAAGAGCCAGAGCGCUUAUCUUUUAAGGGUUUUAGGUAGGGUGGAGGGGGAGGCUGUGCCAGUGACCUUUUCCAGGUAUGGUUCCAGCCAGCUUCCUGCUGAGACUAUUUCCUUCUGUUUCCUUUUGCUGAAGCCAUUGUGUCCACUAGUUCCUCAUUCCUUCGGGCUGGGUCUGAGAAGGGGGUGGUUCCAGCAGAGGUCUCUGAACGGCCGAGAGAGAGUGCCUUAUGCUCAGAAUGGAGUGGCCCGUGCUUGCUCUGCUUUUGUAGAUCCUCCAACCACCCCGUCUGUAAUGGUGAAAAAUUUUCAAAUGCCUAAAGACUGCUGGAGGGGACUGAUCAAACACAGGCUGUCUGUGCCUAGAAUGGGACCGUGGCGGCCAUUGACAGUCACGACACUCGCAGACUGGAACACACAUUCACACGUUAUGCAAUAGCAAAAGCAAAGGCUGUGGAUCCCUCAAAUACGUGGGGAAGGAUCCUCGCCACAGCCCACAGUGGAGUUCUUUCCCCUCCCUUCCUUCCUUCCGGGCCCCUCCGUGGCCCCCAAUGAGAGCACCUCUGUUUGCAGGCGAGUACCCGGGGGCUGGCUCUUCCAGCAUCUUCUCAGUCCUAAGCAACAGGGCAGAGGUGAAGCUGGAACCCCUGGAGGCUGUGGUGGGGGGCUGUUCCUACCGUGUCAACAACCACUUGGACGGCAAGUACAAACCUCGGCCGGUGCAGGAGAUCAUCAAAGCUGCAAGGGAGGAAGUUGGCAAGGAGAUAGUGUACAGCGUUGUGACGAGGAACUGCGAGCACUUUGUCACCAACCUGAGAUAUGACAAGCCCUGCUGCAGACAGGUGGAAAAAGCCAUGAUCGGAGUUGGUGCGACCCUUGGAGUUGGAGCUCUGGCUACACUUGUAUACGCAGUCAUGACCAGGAAACGCCAAAACCAAUGACAGCCUGAAGCAGCGGCAGAUCUGUGUUUGGGGCGGGGGGUGGGGGGGCAUGGUGCUGUCCUGUGUCAGACUCUCUCUAGCUCCUCUCCUCUCUCACUGUCUCGCCGACCCGCUCUCGUGGCUAAUGGAAGGUCUCAUUGUCACAAGACUCAAGAAUCAAUAAACUGGUUUUUGUCAAUGUCUGA